CUAUCCAAAGACAUCAGAGUGCCAUCAUCCUCCGUGCUAUCUAAGCAAAGUGAUCGCAACCGAUCCGCGAGUGCCAUAAUAAUUUAGUGACCGUAUUCUGCAGAAUAAUGAAGCUGUUUGUUGCUGCUGUUGCCCUGCUGGUGGCCCUUGCUCACGCUGCACCCCAGGGUCAGCCAGACGCCAAGAUCGUGAGCCAGAACUCGGAUAUCAAUCCUGAUGGAAGCUUCAACUAUGCUUUCGAAACCGAUAAUGGAAUCAAAGUCGAAGAUCAGGGAACCAUUAAACUAGUAAAAGUGCCCAAGACUGACGAAACUGGAAGGUCUUUGGGUGAGGAAGAAAUUCCCGUUGCUGUUCAGACGGGUUCCUUCCAGUAUACGGCUCCAGAUGGACAGGUCUACACGGUCAGAUAUAUUGCCGAUGAGAAUGGAUUCCAACCACAGGCAGAUCAUCUUCCUGUUGCGCCAACUCCCUAAAUUAUUCAACACAAUUUACGUUUGAGCAUAGCAUGUCAAAUAGAACUGUAAAUGUUUGUAAAUAAACUUUAAAUUUACUUUAACUUC